AUGCCUCAUUGCGCUUACCCCGCAACCCCGGCUGAACAUCAGCCCUUUAGGGCCCCGUCUGUGGUGGUCUAUUGGCUCUUUGAGGUGCGCGCGGAACGCUACGCGCCGUACGCUCGGGUCUGGUUCUGGUCGGGCGGCGAGCUGCCCUUACUCGCCGUCCGCAGAUCCGCGCUUACGGUGACCGGAGUUCGUCUCUCGUUGUGUCCACGGGUCUGCAGACGGCGAGUAAGGGUAGCUCGCCGCCCGACCAGUACCAGUCCCGAGCGUACGGCGCGUAACGUUCCGCGCGCGCCUCAAAGAGCCAAUAGACCACCACAGACGGGGCCCUAUAGGGCUGAUGUUCAGCCGAGGUUGCGGGGUAAGCGCAAUGAGGCACCGCGACCUCGGCCCAGAGCGGGAGAAGGAACAGGGGGUUUCUAUCACGCUUAUGGUAAGAGACGUCAGGAAUAUGCGAGUCAAGAGGAAUUCGAUGAAGUAGGAGUCAAAGUUUUGGAUUCCUACAAGAUGUUUAUGCACCCUCUCUCAGUGCAAGAGAGGAAUAGUUUCAAAGAUCUUGGAUUUGAAUUUGCGGGAAACUUGAUCCAUACUAUAAUAGACAACAUGCGUCCUGUAGACAAAGGACCCGGGACACGGCCUAUGUUUACUAGACAGCUAUCCGAAGGAGAUUCGUAUAAGACACCUUCCACUACUGAACACCCACAUAUUCAUGCGGUCGGCAAACGAGCAGACGGAUUACCUGAUGGUAAGGAAUCAGCGCCGCCCUUGGAUACCCGCAACGGAGGAGUUACGAAAGGCAAACGAGCAGACGGAUCACCUGAUGGUAAGCGAUCAGUGUCGCCCAUGGACAUCUGCCACACCGGAGGAGUCACAGGCCCGAGCGUACGGCGCGUGGCGUUCCGCGCGCGCCGCAAAGAGCCAUUCGACCACCACAGACGGGGCCCUAAAGGGCUGAUGUUCAGCCGGGGUUGCGGGGUAAGCGCAAUGAGGUACCGCGACCUCGGCACAGAGCAGGAGAAGGAACAGGGGGAAACUGCAAUUCUGUGUGUUAUUGAUGAUGAUGAUGAUGAUGAUAAAAAUACAAGGACAUCAGCCGGCAAUUAUCCCGAGCGUACGUCGCGUAGCGUUUUGCGCGCGCCUCAAAGAGCCGAUAUACCACCACAGACGGGGCCCUAUAGGCUGAUGUUCAGCUGA